UAGGAAAGAGACUAACGUGUGUGUAGAUUUGAAGCAGUGAUAGUGAGAAUAGAGAGAGAAUUGGAGAAGAAGAAGAGAAUGUUCAGAAACCAGUACGACACGGACGUGACGACAUGGAGUCCGGCGGGGAGGUUGUUCCAGGUAGAGUACGCAAUGGAGGCAGUGAAACAGGGUUCCGCCGCAAUUGGCCUCCGAUCCAAAACGCACGUCGUAUUGGCCUGCGUCAACAAGGCUAACUCAGAUCUCACCUCCCACCAGAAGAAGAUCUUCAAGGUCGACAACCACAUCGGCCUCGCCAUCGCCGGACUCACCGCCGACGGCCGCGUCCUAUCCCGCUACAUGCGCUCCGAAUGCAUCAACUACUCCUACACCUACGAGUCACCCCUCCCCGUCGGUCGACUCGUCGUUCAGCUCGCCGACAAAGCACAGGUUUGCACCCAGCGAUCAUGGAAACGUCCUUAUGGGGUUGGUCUUUUGGUAGCUGGACUAGAUGAAUCUGGAGCUCACCUCUAUUACAACUGUCCAAGUGGAAACUAUUUUGAAUAUCAAGCUUUUGCAAUUGGCUCUCGCUCACAAGCUGCAAAGACAUAUUUAGAACGCAAGUUUGAGAACUUCACAAGCUCUUCACGAGAAGAUUUGAUCAAAGAUGCACUUAUUGCAACUAGGGAGUCCUUGCAAGGUGAAAAACUCAGCAGUUCUGUAUGCACUGUUGCUGUGGUUGGAGUUGAUGAGUCAUUUCACAUUUUAGAUCAGAAAACUGUUCAACAAUUGAUUGAUACUUUUGAGAUUGUAAGGGAGGAAGAAGGACCUCUAGCUGAAUCUCAGCCAGCAACUGAGCAGGGUGCUACCAUAGAUCAAAGUGGUGCUGAAAACCAAGGUGGUUCACCAAUGGACAUUUGAUAAUUUAAGAUCCAGAACUAUGGGGUUUUUAAAUUAGAUUUUUAAAGAUGAGUAGGUUUCACGUUGAGCGGGUCAUGGGAGAAGAUAUCUCCUGGAUGGAUUUUCUUUACUCAUCAUUAUAAAUGAUUUAGUGGCUGCAAUUGAUGAACAUGAACGCACAAUUUACAAUACUUAUCAUUUUUCAUGAAAAACACUUUUGAAAUGGAUCUUUGCUUGAACACUUAACU